GAAUUUAAUAACGACAUAUUUAAUUAAUUUAAUAAAUUGUCUUCGCCUUGCCGAGGGACAGUAAAGGCUAAAAAAAGAACUACGUAGUGUUGCAUUGCUUACUGCUGGCUGCAUACCAUUUCUAUACCAGAGCCGCAAAAAUAAAACGUAAAACCACGACACCUUAUCAUUAUUAAAGCGAGGGAAAAACAAAAGCUCAAUCAAACAAUUCAGUAUUAUCUAAAGCUCCAUUUAACACCUGCAUAGCAGUUAGUGCCGCUGUGGAAUUCUGGAAACUGUCCCAACAGUGCAAACUGAAAUCCGAGUGUAAUCCUACGAGUGGGCUGUGAGCCAUGCGCCAACAGUUUUAAAAGGUUAACACUUUUAUUUCUAUAGGUUUUUGCUUUAAUACUCCGUGUCCGUGUGUUUACUCGAGCGUUUUUAUACUUGUCGUUUUAUGAAUUUUGUUUUGAAUCGAAUUUGUGUAAAAGUUUUAGUGAUAACAUAGAAUUAAGAGAAUGAUUAUGCACAUGUUGCACUCACCCCAAACGAUUAGAAAAUAAUUUAAAGAGCGAUUGUAUUUCUUUACAACUUUAACAGUGUGUGGUUGAGAUUCUCAGCAAUGCAGUACGCAAAUAAUUUAUUAUUAACACUUAACAACAGUAGCCAGUGAGUUUUUUUUUAAUUGUCCUAACAGUAAUUAUCACCAAAAAAACUAAACUUAUAUCACAGAUAUGCCUCACAGAGUCAAUAUCAAAGCAUCCACAAAACUUUCAAGUAAACCAUAACAACUUAAUCUACACGCAGCUUACAAAUAUCGCUUCGCCGAGGCAUAAACAAAUCACUGUCCAUCCUUCUCUUACGCAAUACACCUGUCCCUUUCCCACACGAUGUUUACAAUUUUCCCGCUCCGAUACUUUAGUUGCGCGAUCGACUCAGGCGCAUGUGCUUGUCUAUAUCGGUCGUUCUCUAUUAAGUGCAAGUUGCGCGUGAAGUGUUAAGCUUUCAUUGUGAUCGCAAUGGUUAUAGAAUGCAUUCCUUUGUGUGACUUCAAUUGUUGCUAAUUUCUGGUUUUGUGUGAAGUGAUUUUGUGUCUUUUAAUUAUUGAUUCAUAGUAGUUACAUAAGGUAAAGUGUAAAAUAACAUGUGACGGUUGAAAACUGAGCUUUUAUUUACGUGAUUAUAGUGACGGUCGAAUAGUGUGGUAGUGAUUUCUGUGGUACAGGAUAAAAACAUUCCAAAAUGCGUCGAAUGAAACUUACUAUAGACCCCGAUCUUGGAGAUCUAGAAGAAAUGCUGGCAAACGUUCAGAAUCAACUGGAACACGAAAUAGUUUUGGAAAAGGAAUCUAAAAUGCCAUCUUUAGUCAACGUCCAGGAAUCUCCUAAAAUGGUGAAGAGGACAUCGUCUUUCAAUCGUUCCGAUAGUUUCGACUACCGGAGAGCUGCUCCAAGGCCACCACCUUCUAGAUCAGACUCCGGUAGCCACUCUCUAAACGGUACUUACGGAGAAUACCGCAACGGUAGCGAGGAACACCGCGACGAAUACUCCCAACCAGAAACGAACGGCAAAUUCAAAGGGUCGCAAACCAGUUUGAAGUCAGACGAGGGGUCGCAAGGAUCCUUCCAGUCUUUCCGUUCAGAGCCCGUACAAAGGCACUCGUUGAUGAGCUUGCAAGAAAAGAGAGGGUCGUAUGCUUCUCUUAAUGGGAGAUCUAAAACUGCCACCUUGCCGAGAGGGUACGGCUCGACGAGGGAGAAGAAUUGGGAAGAGUAUUGGGCACAGUGAGUAUUUACAGUCUAAUUAUUUAGAGCUAUUUCUAUACGUCCUAGGAAUUGAUUUAUUUAUCCCUACUCAUAUUAUAAAUGUGAAUGGCAGUUUGUUUGCUACGCUUUCACUAGAAAAAUACUAAACCUAUCGUCAUGAAACUUUUCACACAUGUUUUUGGAGGGAUUAUAAAUAAUAUAGGGUUUGUCUUUAAUUAACUUCAAAAACAGUUCAUGCUUUAAAACGAUAUCCCAUCGCUAGUUUGUCUAUAAAGUUUUAGAUAAGGGUGUUAUUGACCAAGACAAACAUUUUCUUCUACAAUUACGUUAACAUUUGUUUAACUUGUCGUAUUCAGUAGCCACUGCCUAUCGUCAAGCGGCAACACAAAAUAUAACUUAUCCGUCGCAAUAACGGUAUAAUAUUGCCAUUAUCGCUCAUGUUUCGGUGUCUGCGCACAAACGCUGUUGAACAAUGAAAGCGGAACAAACUUCUGCAUUUUUGUUUAUCGUUCAUUCUCGUACUAGGUCAAAUUUUUAACGAUAGCAUUAUCAGAAUGUUUGUCAACGUUACUUCUAGACUGGGUUAAGCGCUAUUUUUUAUUAACUGAACGUGGUAUUAAAAACUCAUUACUGGUUAUGUUACACAUUUUUUAUGGGUUUUCUUAAGGUGUUUUUAAACGCAAUUAGUUUUAGCGUUAUGAUGUAAGAAAAUAUUAAACGUGGUCAUAUUAGAUUUCAUAAGAAAUAUUUUGUGAGGCG